AUGUCGCGCAUCUCGUUAGCGAACGAAUAUUGCCUAGUGUGGACGAGAAGUAAACACGGUAAGGUACGACUACGGCGUCCUUGCGUAAAUCCAAAAGGAAGGUCCACCACAAUGGACAGCAAACAUCCCAUGACCCCUGGCUUCGGAAAGGCACGCAGUUGGGUUGGGGUUGCGGAUCACGUUCCACUCCGCCCUACAAUUAGCGAUGUCGGCGAGCAGAUUGCCUCAGGGCUGGUUCCCUUGCUUUGUAAUCACUAA